AUGAAAACUGUGGGAUUGCUCCUAUCGGUGUCACCAACAGAAGACUCCCCAAAUAUACCACCACAGCAGAGUUAUAUGGCCGAAUAUCUUCUUUCACCAUUCUACGAUUGGAUUGUCUUGUAUUACCCUAAAACGUGGACUCCUAAUAAAGUAACGCUAUUUGGUAUCUUUUCAACACUUCUUGCAUCUCUAUUAUUGCUAACUGGAAUGCCUUCGACAACUACAUUUGAUCCACCAUACGCCACUUAUGUUCCUACAUCCUUGUUGCAAAAUAAAGAGAUGAAAUCUGAGAGAAAUAUUGCGCCUAGCCCAUUACAUCCAACUGCGUUGAAACCAUUAUGGAGUUCUGUUUUUCCAAGUGGUAAUGUAAUGUUAUUUGUAUGUGGAAUACUUAACUUUAUCUAUUGUAUUGCUGAUAAUACUGAUGGUCGUCUAGCACGUAGACUAAAAAAGACUAGUGAAAUUGGAGAAUAUCUUGAUCAUGGUCUAGAUUGUGUUACUUCACUACUUUCAACUUGUGUUAGUAUGGCUGUGAUUGGUCUUUCAUUCUCAAAUAUCGCCGUUACAGUUUUACCUAUCGCUAUUGGUACAGUUUUUUCACAUACAUUGCAUUAUGAAAAAAAUAUUUUUAUUUGGGGUAACCGGUUUAUCUCUGUGGAUGAGGCAAUGAUUUUCUUUGCUAUAUCAAACUGGGUUAUUAUUGUACUUCCUCAAAUUGGUACUACAACUGUAUCUUCCGCUAUUCUUCAUAUGUUUUUAUCAGAGGAAUGGGCCCAAAUGUUGCAUUCUCUCCGAUACAUUGAUCUUGCACUACUUGUAUAUUGGAUUUCACAAUUGUCUGUUAUUAUAGGCAUUGUGUUAAAGGAUGGAAAGAUGCUCUUUCGUCUCACCACCAUUACACUGUUUAUCAAUACAUUCCUGUUAGUUGGCAUCAUACCAGCUCACAUGAAUCACAUGGCAACAGGCAGUGUUGGUGGCUAUGCAUGGGGUCCAUUUUCAUAUGUGGCUGUUUGGUGUAUCACCGCAGCCUGCACUUCCAGCACAGUUGUACACAUUCUCAUUUACGCCCGCUGUAUGCGGCUGCCUCACGUAGAUCUAUGGCCAAUUGCAGGUAUCGUUUUUGUAUGGCUUAUAUUUACUUCCUGUCCUGUUGGUGGCAUGGUGCUAUCUGUGGCUUGGCAUCUUGCUCAGAUCUUAAUUAACGUUCAGGGUCUCAUAAAAAAUGGACGAAAAACAUCUCAAAAAUCAAAAAUUGCGUGA